AUGAUUGUUGAUUAUUCGUUCUGGGGACUCAACAACAAGACAAUGAAACUUGCCCCAGAGGGAGCUAUGCAAUUCGGCACGGCCCCACUACGCAUCCGCGAGGCACUCAUGAAGGCGAAUCCGGACUAUGGGCCAGUUUACAUGUACAAGAACGACAUGUCGGAUGGUUUCUACCGCAUCCGACUGUCAACUACCGGCGCACUCAAGCUUGGGGUCAUUUUACCGCGAUUUGAGGGACUCCCACAAUUGGUCGCACUGCCACUUGUGCUUCCAAUGGGUUGGACAGAAAGUCCUCCAUGGUUCUGUGCUUUCACGGAAACUGUUGCCGACUUGACAAAUGUUGACUUGCAACAAAACAAGCGAGUGCCACCGCAUCCUUUGGGAAGGGCAGCAGCCAUCACUAACUUUGAAGUGAGGGACACACAAGUCGCGAGACCCAUACCAAAAUCUCACCAGCCACUGAUUUACCAGCGCCCAUUGAAAAAGAUGGAAGUAUUUGUGGACAAUUUUGUUGGAAUGGACCAAGACCAUCCAAGCAAUCCCUUGACAAGUCAACGAGCUGUCGUCAGCCACAACAUUGACAAGGUCUUCCAACCGAAUCGGCCCACAGACAACCAAUGGCGAAAAGAGCCACAGUCACAAUCGAAAAUGGCCAAGGGAGAUGCCUCUUGGCACACAAUCAAAGAAGCCUUAGGUUGGAACUGGGGCGCGACAACAAAGACAUUGCAAUUGAAAGAGAAACGAGUGAGCAAGGCCCUGUCACUCCUGGGCGAGGUCUUGGAUUGCAAACGCGUCUCCACAAUAUUGUGCAAAAAGAGCAAAGUAAGCAGCUCGACCAUUCAAAAAUGGAGCAAAUUGACGAACGUGAUUGUAAGCAUCGGUUUCAUUAGUGACGGCAUGGAGCAUAACCCAAAAUUUCUGUUUGUUGCGACGGAACACAGCGCCAGUAUGAGCAGCACGUCGGACGAGUUCUUCCUCAAUGGAGCAAGUGCCAUCAUCGGCUUUGAGAAAACCAGGGUCACCGACAAGUGGAAAUGCCGAGUUUUCACGGAAAAUAUAAUCAAGGCGAAUUCCACGGUAACCAUAGGCAGUACGAGCCCAACUUUCGAUAUUUUCCAUCAUGAUUCGACCAUCGCGAUUGUUGAACUUUGGAGGAUGAGGAGGAAGUGGGUAGGAGUCCCCUUCCAUGAGAUCCGGGUUUUCAUCAUAGAAUUGACCAAUAAAAAGGAGAUUCUGAAUGGUUCCAAGGGCUGGUGUAUGUGUUUGCUGAACCAAAAUGAGGAGCUUCCCAUAUUUGGAGAUACGAUGAAUAGUCAUCGCUUCGCAAGCGGUGACUCCGAUAGUCCCAUUUGCAUUGUUGGGAUCAGGGGCUCUUCGCAUAGACUUGAUGUCUUCACAAACUUGAGAAGAAGUUCUGUUGGCAAAGGAGUCAACAGAGUCAAGACCUUGCAUGAGAACGGGUCGAAUAAGGAGAUCGACUUCGCACCAGUUACAAAAUUGAAUAACAGCUGCCAUUGUGAUGCAAUGAUGUGUUGA